AUGGAGCAGGACGUAGAGAGCCCUGUUACAAUCCAUCCGCCUAAGUUGCCCAAACAAGCCAGGGAAGAUCUGCCGAAGCACUUAAAAGAAUGUACCAAGAGGAAAAUCCAGAGGUAUGUUAGGAAAGAUGGAAAAUGCAACGUCCACCACGGAAAUGUGAGAGAGACUUAUCGUUACCUGACUGACAUCUUCACAACCUUGGUUGACCUCAAAUGGAGAUUCAACCUUUUUAUUUUUGUCAUGGUUUAUACUGUGACGUGGCUUUUCUUUGGAUUCAUCUGGUGGCUAAUUGCUUACAUCCGAGGAGAUUUGGAGCAUAUAGGGGACAAGAAAUGGACCCCAUGUGUCAGUAACCUCAAUGGGUUUGUUUCCGCCUUUUUAUUCUCCAUAGAGACAGAAACCACCAUUGGGUAUGGUUUUCGGGUCAUCACAGACAAAUGUCCUGAAGGAAUUAUCCUGCUUUUAGUUCAGUCUGUUUUAGGAUCUAUAGUCAAUGCUUUCAUGGUUGGCUGCAUGUUUGUGAAAAUAUCCCAGCCCAAGAAGAGGGCGGAAACCUUGGUGUUUUCUACCAAUGCCGUAAUUUCCAUGAGAGACGGAAAGCUGUGUCUGAUGUUCCGUGUUGGGGACCUUAGAAAUUCACACAUUGUGGAAGCAUCAAUACGAGCCAAGUUGAUCAAGUCAAAACAGACAAAGGAGGGGGAAUUUAUACCACUCAACCAGACAGAUAUUAAUGUAGGUUAUUAUACAGGGGAUGAUCGUCUGUUUUUGGUUUCACCGCUGAUCAUCAGCCAUGAAAUAAAUCAACAGAGUCCAUUCUGGGAGAUUUCCAAAGCUCAACUGCCCAAAGAGGAAUUAGAAAUUGUGGUCAUCCUAGAAGGAAUGGUGGAAGCAACAGGUAAUGUUUUCUCAGGUUCAACUUUUUCAUAACAUGUUAUUUUUAAAAGGUGCAUAAGCAUUAUGAAAGAGGUAAGAUAUAAUCAGAGAGAAAAUACAAGAUGCUAAUCUUCUCCAGUUUUGUCCCAGUGAGUGUCUUCCGGCCUCCAAAAAAAUGUAGGUUGAGCAAAAGGUUCAUUCUUGAAAGGUGAUGAUGCAAGCAGGAAAAAUAACAACUCAGAGUAGGGUUUAGAGGGCACUGGAUCUUUUUGAAGUUCUAAAGUAAAUGGAGUGUGUGGUGGGGGAGAGAAAAAAGUUGCUUCUUUCUUCCCCAAGACCUGCAAUCCACCCAUCACUGUUUGAUGCUCUGACUCAUUGCCCGGUGAGGAUAAAUUCUAGGUGAGAUUCAGGGCAGCAAAUUAGCUUUCUUUGAGAACUGUUGUGCUAAAUUAUUUGCUGAUGCCCACCUGGUGGUUCAUUCUGCCAGGAAAAGAAAAGCAUUGCUUUAACUUCACUUCAUCACAGGAAUCAGAUACUCUUUUGCUACAGACUAUGCAUUAUUAGGUUUAGAAUCCAAAGCAUGCUCUGGUUAAUUGCAAGCUCAGGUCAAUUCAAUAUUUACAUUUGGUUUAAUCUCAGUUCAAAGAGAGAAUCACAUUUUCGGACAUUUCCACAUUUAGCUAGCCCCCCAAACACAUAUGGAAAUCCCUAAACAGUAGAUCCCAGAUCCAGUUUCCAGCAUGUCAAAGAUGAAAUAUUUCCCAUAGUAUGCCUGAGAAGGAGUUUGUUUGUUUAAAAUGAUUGUAAAGGUAAUAAUAAUAAUAAUAAUAAUAAUAUAUAAUAUUUAUACUCCACCCAUCUGGCUGGGUUUCCCCUGCCAUUCCGCGUGGUUCCAAUAAUAAUAAUAAUAAUAAUAAUAAUAAUAGAUUAAAAACAUCAAACAUUAAAAACUUCCCUAAACAGAGCUGCCUUCAGUUGUCUUCUAAAAGUGAGAUAGUUGUUUAUUUCCUUGAAAUCUGAUGGUAGGACAUUCCACAGGGUGGGCGCCUCAAAAUGAAGCCUCAGAUAGCUGCUACCACUCAGAGUAGCAAGUGGUUCUGGGCUAGAUGGAAAAUUCAUAUAUUCAUAUUCUUCUGUAAGACAGUCUUCCAUGUACAUGCCCUCAAACUGUGACACCCUGUGCUUUGGAUUCCAUAGGCUGAUCCUUGGAGAUGGGCCAGCAGGUAGAUGGAUUGUAUGGCCUGAUGGCUCCUUUCGAGUCUUGGCCCCAUAGGAGCAGAAACCACAGUUGCAGUGGGGGGUGCUGACUGAAAGCCUAGAGCAGAUUUCUAAGCCAUAGCCCUUCUCUUGCUCCCCAGAUAGCCACCACAUGUAGUUCAUGUCAUGCUUCCAUUUCAUGGCAUUAAGAAAACACACGGGUGCCAUAGCAAUGAGAAUGCUUCUUCUAUUAUUAUUGUUACUAUUGUUGUUGCUACAGAAUCACAACUGCCAUCUUCAGGAAGAACUAGGCUAACUUUACCCCCUAGGGAAACUCAAUUUGAUGAGCCAUACAGCCUACUGAUUAUGUCAGAGAAACAGGCGCAUUCACAAACAAGAAAGAAAACCAAGUGACCAAAGUCAUAUAGGGAGAGGCUGGUCUGAACAGACUGAUGGAUCUGACACUGCAAAAACAGGAGGCACAGCCAGGGCCACUGCAAACUGUUCUCUCCAAAUAAAAGACAGUAAUAGGCAUUGGGAACCCAGAAGUGCAUUUCAUCAAAAAUUCAUCAAGGCAGAGUGCAGGAGAAUAAUGGCACAAACCAGGUGUGUGCACAGUAAAAGGAAAGGCAGCUACAAACAAACCCUGCUAAAUGUCAAGGCAAAGGCACAGGUGACCAGUCAAGAUAGGCAUAUUGCAAAUCCAUGUUGCCUUGAGAACAUUGGCAACAAGAAAUAAAAUACAAUCCUAAAUCUGUAGCUCAGAAAUGUUGAUGGUGAUUACCAUGAACUAUAAUAAUGAAUUGGAAAUAAUUCUUUGAUGGCUUACAUAACAUAAGACCUAUAAUAAAACUGGGAAGGCAUGAAUAAUAAUCAAGUUUACAACAAGAUGUCUUAUCCAUUUAAAUCAUGCACAAUUAGAGCAGAUUAAGCAGACUAACAACCCAACCCCAACACCUUCACAAGUUAUCCUGUGAAGUGGAAUAUUACUACAGUUGUCUGCUUCUCUGUCUGUCUGUCUGUCUGUCCGUCUGUCAAAGGAAGGUUGUCUUCCAGGCCCUGCUGGUACUACUUACAAAUAGUCCCAUUUUAAAAAAUAAAAAUAAAAUGCAAACUUUAAAAGAACACAUUUAUCUUUUGGACUGGCAACCCCACAGAGAAGUUCAGCUGGACAGAGCUGGGUCUAUCCUCCAAACUGUCUGGUUCAGUAAGGUUUGGCAGACUUUAUUAGAGAGUAGUCUACCUUGAAUAUAACUGAAAGCCAAACUUUGGCUUAGCAUGAAUGAGCGAGCAUGCACUGCUGGUGCACAGUGGGACAAUCCUGGCCACUUUGUUCCUUUCCCACUCCUGUUGUUGCCAUGCUACCAGGAGCUCAGUCAUAGUUUGGGGUUCAUGGUUUGUCUCAUUCCAAACAAGCCACAAGCUGUAACCAAGGCUUUACAGCUCAUGGUUUGGUUAGAAGGAGACAAACCAUGAGUUCAGACAUAAUGCUAAGUCAGACCAUGGCUUAGCUCCCUGGCACACAUGGCUUCAGUGAGAGGACUGCUUAGCAUGUUCACACUUGUGUGUUGCUUGUAACCAAAUCAGCCCAAUCGAGUUCACAGCUGUGUGUUGCUUGUAACCAAAUCAACCCAAUCAAGUAAUCCAAGAGUGUAGUUUUUGUCAUCAACAAUGGAACUGGAAGCUGAUGUGUGUGCCUGCCAUCCACCCACUAAAGCAAUCAAGUUUUGUUGUGGUUCCACAUGUGAGAAUUUGAACCAUGUGUAACCACAGGGGGUUACGGACACUCUUUCCACCCUGCUUUCCGUACUAUGUCAAAAACAUUUUUGUUUGCUUAAAAAUAAGAUAAUUACAUGUGAGAUAUUUUUUUUAAAAGGCUCAAAUUACUCUUUAAAAAAAAACCUGUAUAAAAGUAAUUUCUUUAAAGCUAAUCAUCUAAAUCUGUUUGAAAUUUCAUUUAUGUUUCUGACAGAUGAACAGCUCUAGCGUAAUGUUUGUAGAAGGGUUUGCGCUUACAUAAAAAGCAUGCUCACCAGCUGUGGAAAAUGUGUUUGGAAAGCAGUAAACUGUGCACACAGACCGUUAUUUAGAUACCAAAUGAGGCCAUCAAAUAGAUUGCCACCUUACAAAGCUGGCUCGACUCUUAACUAUCACCCUGUUGACUGAUGGAUUAUUGUCCCUUUAACAGUGUGCUAAUGAAUGACUUCAGUUCUCUACCAUCAGAGCUAUGUGUCCUCUGUACUUUAAAAAGCCAUAAGUUUCACAUCAAGGUAACUCAAAUUCUGUAAUCUGUAUGCAGUUAAGCACAAUUUCACAUUUGCAUAACGACCCCCUGAGGGUCAUCUAGUUCAACCCCCUGCAAUGCAGGAACUCUUAGCUAGAUCAUAGAAUCAUAGAAUUAUAGAGUGGGGAGCAAGAAGCUAUGUAGAGCACUGAAAGCCUUCCCAAUGGAUACUGAAAUUCCCACAAAUUUGGGAGGUUCCCCAUACUGUGCCUAUUUUCCUGCCAAUAAAAACAGGAGACCUGCUCUUUUUAAAAAGGGAAAGUAGAGUCUCGCAGUAUACAAAUAUUCUGUACCAGGAGUAAGUUCAACUUUUUUUCUGCACAGAAAUGUAAUGUAUGCAAAUCUUAUGAUACCUCUCCCCACUAAUAGUUGCCCAUCCUGGCACCCAACUUUUCAAUCAGAUCUAUUCUAACUAAAGUAUAAAAUCUUUGGCAGACCUGACUUAUCACAUUAUUAUUUUUCAUGGAAUUAGAUAUAAAGAACACCAUCAUUAUGACUGGGUACAAUGAAUAGCAGACAGUUUUAAAAACAUAAAGUGUGGAUGAAAAAACCUGUGGCUUGGCAGAGAUUGUUGGACUACAACUCCCAUCAUCCCCUGACUAAUAGCCAUGCUUUCUGGGGCUGAUGGGAGCUGGAGUCCAACAACAUCUGGAGGGGCACUAGCUUCUCAUCCCUGAAUUCUAAACCAGUACUUAGGCUCGCGGCCCUCAUGUUUCAAAUCUGAUCCUGUAUUAUCACUGUUUGAGGUAUGUCUUUUUGUGGAUCCUGUUACUUCAACAUUCAGUGUUCUUGCAACAUUCUUUAGAAUUUGAAGAACAGGCAGUGUUUAUUUCAACUUUGUGACAUGCCAAAUAGCAUAGCUAUUGAUUCCUAAUACUGCGAUAUAAAUGGCUUAACAACAACGGCAGCAAGAAAAACAGCAACUUAUCUUUCUCUUCCACCAAGGAACUUAAAGACAAGUUAAUUUUGCUACCAAAUAUGAAGGUCAUAAAUACAGAUAUUCUGGUGAAAGCAUCUGAAUUAGAAAUAGAAAGAAGAAAAGCUUCUACAAUAUAUCCAGAGCAGCAGAAUUUUCCACUGAUUUAAGUAUCAGGGUAUUUAAACACUGCAUAUCUGAAACCCAAACAGUGCAAGUGGAGUGAAUUAAUGUCAAAAGAUUCAGGUCACUUUUUCAGAGGAACAUUUUAAAGAAAGAAAAUAAACUGUCAUUUCAGAAGUGUGUGUUGAUUAUAACUCCCCCCAAAAAUUGACCUAUGAAAUUGCUAAGCAGAACACUGCUUCCCAUCUGCUAAGAUCUGGUCAGGUGGCUUGAAUGCAGCCAUCUGCACCUACAAAUGAGCUUAAUCAGGUAUACCAAGCAUCUGGAAGGGUGGACAUCUAUUAAUACGAACACUCCCCUACAGUAGCUUAAGAGAGCUGGUAGCAUCCAGAACAGAAUGUUUGGUGAGCAGAAGUGGACCUCCCUGGGAAAGGCAAGAGACCCACCAUUUUGCCUAUUACCAGCAGAGGAAAACAAAGCCCUGGAAGGAGAGGCAGAAGUAGGCUCCUAGCUCUGAAGACUGGAAAGACAUUCUUAGGAUCUGACAGGGCAUGGGCUGAAGAAAAGGUCUUUCCUGUAAUGGAACAAGGGGGCUCAUCCCUCCCCCCAGCACCCAUGAGAUCAAUCUCCCACUGCUAUUUUGCCUGAAAGACCAGCCCCGCUGGGUAGCACCCAACUCUGUGCCUGAGAGUAUUUCCAAGGACAUGGGGGCAGUUAAUGUCGCUGUCCCACCAUUGUUGUAUUUUCUUCCUAUCUAUCUUCCCUUCCCCAGCUAAGCUGAUUUAGGAUUCUGCAGCCAUUCCACCAGCAUAACAGCAGCAAUGCCGGACACCAUCAACAACAUCUUUCUGGCACAAAGUUAAAACGUAUCUCUUCUCCCAGGCAUUUGACAGAUCAUGACAAGUUGGUUGAUGGCCCGCUGGAUGAAAUGUUCUUGCUGCUGAGGUCUUAGUUGUUUUUCUGCUGGGUUUGUUUGUGGCUCUUUGGAAAAGCUUUAUUGAAAUGUGUUGCUUUUUAGCUUUUAACGUUUUUGCAAAUCACUUAAAGGCCUUUUUGAUGUAAGCAACAAAUAAGUCGAAUAAAUCAUCAUCAUCAUGUCCAGACCUAGUAUACAUUAAGCAUAGGAUUGCUUGGCCCAAGCAGAAUACCUCAAAACACACACAAAUUGUAGGUAGCCAUGAAAUAAAACAAAAAAGUAACAAUAUGAUAAAACCUCAUUGAAAUGCACUAGAAUUUUAUUCUGACUUAAUGCCAUCAGGAAUUGUUUUCCCCCUCCGCAAAACAAGGGCGGUGCACUCUGUGUUUCAAACAUAUUUUGUUUCAGAGGUGAGCAGAACCUACUUUGUUUGACAAUUUCUUUCAAAAAGCUUUUACUGCAGGUAAAAGAUAAUUGAGGUGUUUAAGAGCUAGAGCAAGACAGUAAGUUCUGAUUGAUUGUGACAGAGAUUUGGCUCUGAGCUUUUCCUGAUAGGCAGUGAUGGAUGCCAAAGUCCCAUUAAGUUUAUAGAAAAGAAAAACUUUAUGUUUAUAUUUUAUUUUGUUUUUCAUAAUCUCACUUAAAUCUUAUGGUCCAUUUAUACCCUGUAGAUUGCCUUGGAUUUGAAAUGCGAAUAAUCAAAUCAAAUAACAAAUCUGCCACUUAUAUCAAUGAUAACAUUUUCAGUACCACUGUAUCAUAGCUAUGGGUCCCCCUCUAAAUUAAAAAUAAAAUUCUGGGAUUUCAGAUUUUUCACACUGCUACUUGCAAACAAUUAUAUUGUUGCACACUACCCCAAUCUCUGAGUAGUACAAAAUUCCAGAGGUUCCAGGCGCUUACCCAGGGUUUGUGUUUCCUUUGGAAUGAAGGAUAGCAGAGACUGGGGUGUCUUUAUGCUAUGUGGUUUAUUUACACAUAUAUACAACUUGAGCCUACGAUGGAGAGGUUCACAGCAUUAAUACCUCGAGAGGAUCUUGCUUCUCCCAAAGCCACAGCCUUUGAUUCCAGCAGAAAUCAAGCAUAGCUCUUAUCUCGCCUCUGCCCAGCCUGCAGCCUUGCUUCUAUCUUCUAGCUCACAUAACUCAAACUCUCAACUCUGGCCUUUGUCUUUCUAACUACCAGCAAAUGAAAGGAGGGAGACUCAUCCAUUUGCUGUCAUUUCCUUUGUUACUUAAUGCUCCAUAGUUAGAGGACCAUUACCUCACCAGAAAGCUAGUCUGGCUAUUCUAGGAAUUGAAUCCAUUAAAAGGGGGCUCAAUCAUACAACCUACUCUCCCCAAAACUCACAGCAGUGUGUGUGUGUUCAUCUUCCUGACUUGUGUGGAAGGCAGCUAGAAUUUAAGUAAAUCACAGUCUAAGGAAGAGGAAGAAGAAACUUUUUCAGUGAAUUAUUGUCCCACUGACUUAAGACAUCUCAACUGCCUCAUGGUCAUGCUAGAAAUGUGUCCCUUUGCAGAACAAGUGGAGUGUGUGUGUGUGUGUGUGUGUGAGAGAGAGAGAGAGAGAGAGAGAGAGAGAGAGAGAGGUAUUCAUUCUCAUUUUAUAGCUUCUGGGCACCAUUUUUAUUUAGCCUAGCUGUAACUAGGCUCCCAGACUGUAGUGUGACAAUGAAUUAAGGCCUAGAUUCACAGUUGGCAAUACCUUCAUAAUAAGAACUCCAGACGUUCUGGAAGAGAAUAUUAAACGUGUUAGAAGCACAAUCUUAAAAAAAAAUAAAAAUUAUAGUAUUCCUUUUCCACCUACACAACAUCCACCUUAAUCAUCUUACUCCCACAUAACUGGCUCGACUUCAAUGACACUGUCUCCUCUGCUAGCUUAAGAAACUGUUAUAUAUUUCCAUGAUAGCUGAAAAUGAACAAUUUUCAAGUCAAGUUGUUAAAUUCUACAUGCUUGGAACAGUGUGUGGGUGUUGUAUGGAUUGGCAUAGAGGACUGAAGAAAUCACCCCCCUCCUGGGUGUGCGCGCGCACACACACACACACACACACACACACACACUUCUGAUGACAAGCUGCUUGUUUACUUAUAGACUUGAAUAAAGGCUUUUACUGCAUAGCAGUCUUUAGCUAAGAAAAUUGUAUGUAACAUCAAGAUCAAUAGUUUCAAAUGCAAUUUAAAAGUUUAGUGGGAUCAAUAGGAUGCCCCUGUCCCUGUGGAUCCCUAGACAAAGAUAAGCAAAUGUGCCAAAGCUGGAACUCAGGCUCAGUAGUCCUGUUAACUUAUGCCAGCUAUGUUUGAAACUUAGAAGCAAUCAGAUGCGUUGGGCCAACAAAAUGGUGACUUCCAUUGACAGUGUUUCUUUCCAGGCCACUUCCAUGUAGUUAAUCUCUUUUGAACAUUAUCAACACUGGGGUGGGAGUAACCACACUAUGGUUACCAGAGUGUGAGAAGUAUUUUAAUGACUCCCAAUCUGUUAACUUUAGUGGCUUGGAUGCUGGGUUUGCCUGUCCAUGAAGAGCUCCUUCUGUUUACAGAAGGGUUCUAAUCCACCAGAGCCUCCUAUCUGUGGCAUGGGAAAAGUGGUUUUUGCUAAUUUCUCCUCCGUAGCACCACCAUCCAUGCUGUACUGGGGGCCCUCUGGAGCAGAUCUGCAGAAGAGAAAGGGGAAAUUGGUAAAUAGCACCUCCCCUCAUUUGAACCAGAGCAUAAUUCGAGUCAUAGAAAUCUGGAUUCCAAGUCAUUGUCUUAAUACCACCUGCCGCUGUUCUAAUUGUGUUUGUUUUUAUUACACUGCUUAUAGUCUAUUGUUAGCUAACUUGAAACAUUCAUCAAAAGGCAGAAUAUAAACCCUUAAAUAAAUAAAUAGGCAUUGAAGGUACAGUGGUACCUUGGUUCCUGAAUGGCUUGGCUCCCGAACAAAUCGGCUCCUGAACGCCACAACCCCGGAAGUAAGUGUUCCAGUUUGUGAACGUUUUUCAGAAGCUGAAUGUCCAACGCGGCUUCCGCUGCUUCCGAUUGACUGCAGGAAGCUCCUGCAGCCAAUCAGAAGCCACGCCUUGGUUUUCAAACUGUUUUGGGAGUCAAACGGACUCCCAGAACAGAUUAAGUUUGAGAACCAAGGUUCCAUUUGGAGAGCCAAUUGGUACCCGCUUGCUUGCAGAGUAAACCCAAUAGUGUAUUACUAAACAGCAUGAAAUGAAACUGAUGUUCUGAUUAUUUCUGCACCAGAACUCAUGACACAACUGACUAGAGUGAUGUAUAGUAUGGAACAAAUCAAUAGCAUGCUAUCAUGUUGGAGUUUUUGUCCCUGAUUUCCCACCGAUAUGCUCUGUAAGUGGCAUUAAAGCAACACAUGAAACAUUGCUACAAUACUCAAAAUUCACACAAUUUGCUAAUAAAUGUUGAGCACACAACAAUAACAUAUGCAAAAAAAAUUCUUUGCAAUCAAAAGUAUGGGUAACUGUAUCCAUCAUCUUAAGAAGGAGAUCUUAUAAGGCUUGUAUUAAACCUUUCUCAUUGCUUUAUUCACAUAAUCCGAGCAGACAGCACAUCAGCAUCUCAUGGUAAUUUGUUGUUCAGUUUCACCAUAUGCUUAUUAUAGCCUGAUCUGAUCUAUCCAUCAUUUCCUACUUAUUCUCUUGCAACUACGUCUUAACUGUCCCACUGCUUCUCUGAAGUCUGCUAAUUGUCUCCUCCCUGCUGACAGUUAAAUUUCCUUCACCACCCCUCAGAUGACAAAGGUAAUUUUCACGUUAUGAUAAUCAGUCCAUGUCAAUAACUACGGGGAAAGACCAAAUAAAUUCUAUGGUAUAGUUCAGAUUCUGUUUUUGUUGUUGAUUAGUCGUUUAGUUGUGUCCAACUCUUCGUGACCCCAUGGACCAGAGCACGCCAGGCACUCCUGUCUUCCACUGCCUCCCGCAGUUUGGUCAAACUCAUGCUGGUAGCUUCGAGAACACUGUCCAACCAUCUCGUCCUCUGUCGUCACCCUUCUCCUUGUGCCCUCCAUCUUUCCCAACAUCAGGGUCUUUUCCAGGAGUCUUCUCUUCUCAUGAGGUGGCCAAAGUACUGGAGCCUCAGCUUCAGGAUCUGUCCUUCCAGUGAGCACUCAGGGCUGAUUUCCUUAAAAAUGGAUAGGUUUGAUCUUCUUGCAGUCCAUGGGACUCUCAAGAGUCUCCUCCAGCACCAGAAUUCAAAAGCAUCAAUUCUUCGGCGAUCAGCCUUCUUUAUGGUCCAGCUCUCACUUCCAUACAUCACUACUGGGAAAACCAUAGCUUUAACUAUAUGGACCUUUGUUGGCAAGGUGAUGUCUCUGCUUUAGGAAGUCAUUAUUUUAGCUAAACUGAAGUUCCAAAAAUUCUAGGUCUUUUUAUCCACUGAGGAUUCCUGAAGUCCUGAAAGCACAAUAUCAGUAACAAUGGAAUCCAGUGCCAAAGUUCAAUGAAAUUACAUGGGCUACAGAAAACUCUUCUAUCUGUCUACAUGCAUCCAUUAGCUAUUUACUGUGACAACAGAAAAUGUCUGUAAUUAUUCUAACUGCUAAGAAAGGAAACAGUUGACAAUAGGAUCAUCCUGUGAAACUGAUUGGCAGUUUCCUCUCAUAAAGUGCAGAUCCUCCUCCUCAUCAUCAUCCUUCUCCUCCUUCUUUUUAAAUCACACUGAGGAAAUUUUAAUCAAAGAACAACACUUUAAUCAAUUAACCACACCAAUCAAUUCAUUAAAUCUUGCAGCUCUUUUAUUUUCACAUAGUACUGACAGGAUAAUGUCAGGAUAAUGAAAAAUAGACAAGUUCAGCCAUGGGUUCAGAAUGCCAACCCCUAUGUCAACACUUCCCAAAUUAGCAUUGCUUUGGCAACAAUAAUAAAAGCACAGAGAAAGAUACUAUGCAAUUGCUUGACUUCUGUUGUCAUUAAGAACAAUGCUGUCUGGAGUUGGGUUGUGAGGCACUCUAUUUCUUCAGAAAACAGAGGAAUAGCAUGGAAAGCACAAUAAAUACUAGCUAGCACCAAAAAAGGGGAUAAUGUUUUCUCUUAUGCCUUCUCCGUUAAGUACCACUAAUAACCGUCAAGUUCACUCUCCCAAGCCCUGCUCAGUUUGAGUGAGUGUUGCAGGUGGAAGUGCUGUCUCGUAUACUCACCAUUACAUACAUACAUCAUGUUACUUGUAUGCAGCCUUUCCAUAGGUACAACCAGUGCUUUUUUCUUGGGGGCGGUGCAGGGAUACGCAUACCCCUAAACACUUUGUGAAUCUUCAUACUUUUGUCCAUUUACUGUAUUUAUUUUUCCCAAUUUGAACGAUAAAAUGGUUAUUUUCUUGAGUCAAAAUGAGAGUACCCCUAAACAAUUUUUUUUAGAGAAAAAGCACUGGGUACAACCAUGCACAAGGCGGCUUACAGCAUGAAAAGAUUUGCAUUACAAAUAUAAUAAAAGUAGUCAUAACAAUAAGCACAUCAAAAAGCACACAACCAAAUUGAACAAAUUCCACAUAAAUAAUAAGAUCUAAAAUAAAGAUGCCAAAGAUUAUUCUAGUAACAUUAACAACCCCGUCCCACCCACUCCACCCCACAAGAAUUUAAAAAUAUCCUAACCAACACCUCAGCCCAAUAGUCUGCAGCCUCGUCUUUUGUAGCUGGAGUCAGUCAGGGCCCUCCUCUCCCGGGCCAGGUGGGCAAAAGGCCUACAGGGCAGGAAGCAGGUCCUCCAGGACUCACAGUCAAGAUGGUAUUGCCAAUUGAACUCAAGGGGUCUUAUGUUUAAGUAGGCAUAUCUAGGAUUGUGCUGUUAGUAAUUUUCACUGUCUACAACACCCAUGUAGACAAGGUGGCUAUGGCAACAAUCUCAGUGUUCCUUAGGUCAUGGGUCGGCAAACUAAGGUCCGCGGGCUGGAUCAGGCCCAAUUGCCUUCUGGAUCCAGCCCAUGGACAGUCCGGGAAUCACCACGUGGAUCACCAGCAUGCACGUUCUUUCCCUCUCCCUCACACGGCGGCGGCGGCAGCUCCUCCCUCCCUCCCUCCUCCUGGCUUCUCCCUGCCCUGCCUAAAGGAGGAAGGGGGCUGGGCUUUGUUGGUGCCAGCAGCAGCAGCAGCGCUCGAGCGGCCGCCAUUUUAAGCAGCCCCUCUCUGGAGCCCUUUCGCCUGCCACUCAUCGUCCCACCGCCUCACCAGCCCCUGCCACUUGCAAGACACAGGUAAGCAGCCACCGGGGCUCAUGGUGCUCUUGCAUCAUUUCCCCCAAAAAAUAUAGUCCGGCCCCCCACAAGGUAUGAGGGACAAUGGACCAGCCCCCUGCUGAAAAGUUUGCUGACCCCUGCCAUAUGGAGUGAUCAUCUGAAGGUGCUUCCAUAUGUUUUGUAGACUGCUUUUCAGCUUCCCCUAAAAUUUCUUCCAAAUUAUUUGGAAUGGUUGCACUGAAGCCAAAGUGAGAGGAACAGGGGCCUGAACCAGGGCCAAAGGAUGGAAUAAGCUUUUAUGAAAAGAGCCUUGUUCUAUCUGGAUUCCCGCCAGAGAGCUGGAGAGAAGAUGAGACAGAAUUCGUACAGAAAAAUAAGGCAGGCAAGAGGCCCCCUCAAUCCAUGUUUCACUGAUGGUAGAGGAAAUUAAGACCCUCUUCCCACCUCGCCACAUUACCCCCACACACAUACAGAAGCAGGAGCACUUGCGUCGAUCUAGCUGCUUUCAUGAUAUUAUGCUGCAUUCUUCCCAAAGGAAGUCACUUGGUGCAAUCCUAGGCAUGGCUGCUCAGAAUUAAGUUCCACCAAGUUCAGUGGGAUUUACUCCCAUGUAUAUGUGUAUGGGGUUGGAGCCUAAGUGGCAGCACCAGGGGGAAAAAAUAUGGAGGGGUUCACAGACUGGGCAAAGUACAGCUGGAAUGAGAGAACAGAUUUCUUCCACAUGUUAGUUUUCUGAAACAGAAAUAAUGAUACAUUUCACAUUAAUGCUCCCACCGCAACAUACCUUCAUUAUAGUAAGCCCCGUUGUUGUUUUUUCAUGGUGUUAUCUUUCAAGUUAGCACAUUUCAGAUUACAACCUUAUUUUAUUUUUUCACUUUGUGGUUCAGUUAUAACUUGUAUGUGAAAAGUUUUUGCUGUUGUUAUUGUUGUUGUUUUAAUUGUACCCCGCCAAUCUGACUGGUCACCAAGGGUUCAAGUAAUCAAAGGGAUGGGGUGGGGGGAGUUAAUGUUGGAAAGGUUGGUUGCUCCUCCCUUCACUCUUCUCUAGAACCAUUUAUUAAGUGACUAGGAAAGCUUGUGACAGACUCAGCCAGUCAACCCCCUAGAAAUAUGUAAGGUGUCCAAUCAAGCAUUGCCAGGUGUCAGAACCCUUAUGCUGUCAUUAUUGGGCCUGUGAACAUACUGCUGAUUUGGUCUGAUUCAUCAUUCUGAAGAUAUUGCCUUGCAUUUAGAAGUGCCAAGUCCUUAAGACUGUGAAGACUGGCUUGAAAGUGUGCGAGCAAUUGAUGAUGAAAUCUCAGGAAGGCAGGGGAAGUGGGAAAAGGCAAGCAAGACUAGCAGUAACAUUUCCCCCUGCUGCAUCCUACCUGCUACUAUUCAUUUUUGGUGGCAAAACUGAAACUAGUGAUAGGAUGAAGUUUCUCAAAUCGCUUUUGACUCAUUUUUUUGGAGGGGGGUGGCGGAGUUUGGGUACCCAAAGUUAAGGUGGUGGGGAAAGCAAAUUUCUUAAAGGAUUCAUAAAGGGCAGCUUUACCAUUGCCAACAACGCAAGGGUGAGUUCUUCCUCUCCCCACUCCACCCCCCCCCAAAAAAAUAAUUCACAUAACACUCUCUAGCACCUUCAGGUUGUAGGGCCAGUUGUCUUUCAGAGAAGCUUUCCUUCUAUUACUGCUCUGCUCAGUGAGCAGAGCCUAGUAAUCCUCAAGCUUCUGAGGAUUCCGCUACACACUUUUUGAAAACCAGUGUACCAGACAGUUCCCUUUCCUUCAUUCUCUUCCUUUGCUUAUGCCUCUCCUUGCUCCGCCUCCCUGGGGAACGCUGGCUUCCCACACUGCGAUCAUUUCUGAGCACACACCUCUUUGUCAUUCAUUUCCCUCACUUUAAAGCCGCAGUGUUGCCUCUGCGCUGCCUGACUGACCCUACUAAAUGGCAAAUUUCACCGCUUGCCAUGUAUCCAAACGAUCUAGGGCGGAAGAGCACGUCUUUGCUUUAUGCUACAUUUCCAGACAUCAUGUCUCAUUAACAUCUGUCUGGUUGAACAAAGCACUUCGCUCCACAGAAUUGAUGAAAGCCAGGCAGGGGCUCCAGCAACGUCCUGAACCACAAACAUAAGAGGAAGCAGCCAUGAUGUGACACUGAGCUGAGGGCGCGUCUCUGGCUAUUGAUGUACAGUGGCCUCUUAAACUAAGCACUCCCAGUUCCCACAUACAGAUUUAUACAUGAUGUGGAAUCCACCUGUAUGAUAUAAUGAAUUUGACAUCUUGUCAACCCUCUCAGUUACCAAGUGUGCCACAAAUGUAAAAAUGUUAUUUAAAAUAAAGGCAGCUGCAGCUACAUCCAUUUAUUUAUUUAGUUAGUUAGUUAAUUUUUUUUUAAUAAUAAUAAUAAACACCCUACACCUUUCAUAGGUGUCAGUACAAAACAUAUUAUAUAUCUCAUCAUUUCCCCCUAACAAAAUAUUCAACCAUUUUCCCAGGCCUUUUUUGUAAACUCAUGCUGAUCUGUUUUAUAGAGCUGCUGGUUUUAGUUCUAUUUUUUUUAAGUAUUCAUUACUUAGUUGUGUUUUUAAGUUUAUUGCAAGCAGUUCUGAUAAUGUUUUAUUUGAAUUAUGAAGUAGGAAUCUAAAUAAUAAAUAAAUAAACAACUGUGCCAAAAUUACAUCAAAUAGCUUUAAAGUGCUAUUUAAAGUGCCCCCUUCUCCAAGGUAUAUUAACUCAGUUGUUGUUGUUUUUUUUAAAAAAAUAGUUUAAUUUAAUCUAGAACUAACAGGGCAAUAUGACAAUCUCUGAAGAGUGACAAAAGUUGCAGCUGAGUUUCCUCCCCAAAUAAUCCUGGGAACUGUAGUUUGCCCCUCACAGAGCUACAGUUCCCAGAGUUUUCUGCAUGCAUAUCCAGGCAUACUCAGUUCCAGGAUACAUUCCAUUCAGGCAAAACCACUCGAGGGUGCACAGUGGAGCCAGCUAGGGACAUGAUUUAAGGAUUUAGGAAGGAGCAUGGUUUAAGGAGAAGCCAAAGGCUGGCUAGACAGGCCUGGGCCUGGCUCCUGCCAAAGAACAAUGACAGAUGUACUGUCUUGUCAGUAAGGAAGCCAAGUUUUACUCUAGCAAAGUGACAGCAUAUAAUCAGCAACGGGAGAAGAGCAGAAAUUAGUCCAGUUACCCGAGGAGCCUAUAAUGAAGGAAGAAUCAAGCCAACUCCAGAGAGGGGCUUCAGGGUUCCUGAAAUGUUUAUCAGGGAGAAGGCCUGGGCUCAGGAUUCUGGGAUCAGGAGCAGCAAUCUAAAACUGCACAUGAGCAUGAAAUUGUUCCAACCGUUGGCCCUGCCUACCCACCCGUCCGCCCACCCGCCUGCCUGCCUGCCUGUGUUUAAGUGCUGGGCUCCAUUUUCACUUCUAUGAUAAUUCUUUUGAAGACAUUACUUGAGAGCCCUUUUCAGGACAAAGACCAAGACACCAGAAUGGUUGUUUUGGGACCCAUUAGGAAUCCUGUGUUAAACUGUUGGAUACUAUAGUGUUAUGUCCUCAAGAUUUUCUGGAGCAACUUUCAAAGUUGUCUGAUUCUGUAACUUUGAGGUUGCCUUUCCAUUGACAGGCCAAUGACUGGUACAACAGGUGAGAGGAAAUGAUUCAAGCUAUACUUAGAAUAAAAGUAUAAAUUUUUAUACUUUUUAAGAAGUACGGUAUUUUACACUGCCAGGCUUAUGCAGAAAUUGAGAAAGAAUGUUAUGUGAUAGUUUGCUGAUGAUCUAUCAUUUUUAUUUUUUACAUGAUUUCUAUUAUAAAUAUGUAUAGCUGAAAAAUGCUUUGCGUUUUUUAAUGAAAUUGUGGUAUUUUUAUAAAUGUAUAAAUAUUUGUCCAGAGACCUCAGGGUGGGAUAAAAACUAGAUCCAUGCCUUAAAAAAUGAAGCAUCGUGGAUAAUUUUCUCAUCUUUAGUUGAAAGUGAUGGUAGAUAAUGAAGAUAAUGAAGACCCAGGGAGUUAAACACUGUGAGUAGAAUCCUGGUGAUGCCCUUGUGCUCACAGAAGGGUUUUUGAUGGAGCAGAAUCUUCCAUUAAGUGGGGCAGGACAUGGGCCCUACCUGAAAAAAAUUGCUCAAGAAAAUUCAGGGACCCUCUAGGCCACUGUGGAUGCAGGAGCAAGGCAAGGGGGAAUAGAUGAAUCUUAUGGUUCAGGGACGUCCAACUCCCAAGAGACUGCAAUCUGCUCCAAGAAUUAAAAAACUGGCAGGGAUCUACCCAUGGGGGGGAGGACCCAAAGUUGUUGAGCUUUUUUAGGGGGCCAGGGCAAAGCUGUUGAGCUAAUUUUAGGGGGCGUGGCACCAAAGUUCUUGAGCUUCUUGGGGGGGGGCAUAAAUCGCUCACCAAACAAUAAACCGGGCAGCAAUAACACCGUCUUCCGUUUUUGCAGUCAUGCGCAAAUUAAGGACAGAGCAAGGGGAUGGGGCAGAUAUCACCCGGGAUCCACCUGUCAAUCAUGGUCAGGACAUCCCUGUUAUAGCUGAAUUCUUUUAGCAAAAGCAUCCACUAAAACCAUUAGCCUGAGGGCACCAAGUAGAAUCUGCAUCUUCUUCAUUUGGGAAUUGGUAAAUUAGCAUAAUGAUAAAUAAGGUGUUUGUGUUUUUUUGUUUUUUAAAGGUCUCAAACGUUUUGCUAGCCAUUUUCCAAUGGAAAAAUAUUUGUUGAGUUCAAGUGGGGGAGGGGGAGAGAAUUGCACUGAAGAGAGAAUUUUGAACUGAUAUCAUAAUACAGUAAUGGGAAAAGGGGAAGGGAUAAGAUAAAAUUGGCCUGCUAAACUCACUAUUAUAUCAUUAUUUUCACAUACUAAUAGAUCGUCAGUGCAGCAAAUUUAGUGUUGCAUAUCUACCACGGCAUUCCUGUCCAUCAUAGCUAUGUGUGCACCUUUAACAUGCAACAGACCUGCUAGGAGCCAUGUUGCUUCUGAUUUCUCUUUCCUUUCUUCCCCAGGGAUGACGUGUCAAGCCCGAAGUUCUUAUGUUACCAGUGAGAUCCUGUGGGGUUACCGUUUUACACCUGUUCUCACGCUAGAGGACGGAUUUUAUGAAGUUGAUUACAAUAGCUUUCAUGAUACAUAUGAGACCAAUACACCAUCUUAUAGUGCCAAAGAACUGGCAGAGAUGGCCAGCCGUGCAGAAUUACCCCUCACUUGGUCUGUGUCCAGCCAAUUAGACCAGCGUGCCGAAAUGGAUACUGAAGAGGAAACCAAGAACCACGAAGAACAAACUGAAAGGAAUGGUGAUGUGGCCAACUUAGAGAAUGAGUCCAAAGUUUAG